AUGGUUUGCAACACAAUUUUCAAGUGCAAGGCCAUCGGCAUGAUGGCAUCCCUCUUCACGGGAUUAGCUCUGGGCCAUCCUAUGGAUCCCCAUGAGAACACCACUUCUCGUGUUCUCAGCAACCCCGGCCGGUUGAACAAUACACACGGUCCCGGCGCAGAACACACCCUCGGCGGCGAUCUAACCUGGUAUGAUACCGGGCUUGGAGCAUGUGGCUGGUGGAAUAACGCGUGGGAGCACGUGUGCGCUGUGUCUCAUAUUGUCUAUGACCGAGCGAAUGUAGACGGUAACCCCAACCACAAUCCGCUUUGUGGCCGGUUGAUCCACAUCCAACGGGGUGAUAGGGGUGUAGAUGUCACCCUGGUGGAUCGUUGCGAGGGAUGUGCGGAGUUUGACAUCGACGUCAGCCGUGGUGCUUUUGAGGUGCUUGGCAACCUCGAUGAGGGUCGGGUUCACACUGAGUGGUGGUGGAUAUAG